AGUAAAAUUUCUGGUACUUGUACAUUUGAAUAAAAGAAAUCUGCAAACGAAAUUGAACCUAGCGAAAUGGACUUGCUAAAGCUAAUUUGGUUUGCCUGUUAUAUUCAAUUCGUCCAAAAUUUUGAAGUGCGCCCUUAUAACUCGGUUAGAUUAAGUAAAAUAGAUGCAAACCGUGAUAACUCGAGUUAUCAAAAGGCGCUCAUCUCUCGCUUAAAGCGAGAUGUAGCUUUUGGUCCACCAGUUGAGGGACAAACGAGUUUGGUGUUCAUUUUCGAUGAUACGGCAUCUAUGGGUAAUGAUUUGAAGGAACUCCGGGAAGGUGCUAAGAAGCUGACGAGAGAAUUCGCGAACCGCAAGAACAACCCAAUAUAUGACUACAUUUUAGUACGUUUUAAUGACCCAGAGGUACGGCCCGUCAUUAGAGUAAACAAAGCAAACAAAAUGUUAGAAGCAUUGGAUGAAAUCACUCUAACACGUAAUUACGAUUGCCCCGAAAUGGCGAUGCAGGGUACCAUUGAUGGAAUGAGUGCAGCCUUGCCCAGAUCCCAGAUUUAUGUAUUUUCCGACGCCUCUGCCAAAGAUUACAAUCUGCUUGAUAAGGCAUUAAAAAUUGCACAGGAGAAGCAGUUGACGGUUACCUUAUUAAUCACGGGAUAUGAAUGCCAUCCCUUAAAACAAUACGAGGCUUACACUGAAUUGGCAAGACGAACACAUGGUCAAGUGUACAAUAUGGCGAAAUUAGAUGUCGAAGCUGUAAUAAGAAGCAUUGCAGAAGUCCUAGAUACCGGCCUAAUACCGAUUGAAUCAAUUUACUCAGAAGCAGGAGGAACACACGAUUUUGAUAUAUUUGUGGACUCAGCCAUGAAAAAAAUUUCUGCAACGGUGUCGGGGGAUGACCCCAAAAUUGACGUUUAUGAUCCACGUAAGGAACUGAGCAAAGACGUGAAAACUGUAUUGAACUUAAAAAAAGUAAAGAUGGUCAAGGUGGACAAUCCAGAAAGUGGAAAAUGGAAUAUCACCACCUCAUCUUCCUCACCUCAUUCCAUCAAAAUUUCAGGCAUGAGUGACAUUCUUGUCCGCUACGGGUUUUCGUUUAUUGUUCCUGAAGAAUUUUCAGAUACAGCCCCCAGUCCUAUAAAAGAUAUCACAAAUUAUCUAUCCGUAUUUGUAUGGAAGAAUAAGAGAAACCACACAUUCACCCAUGCUGAACUCGUGAUAGUCACUCCGAAAAUGGAAAAGUCCCAUGCGAAUCAUACCUUGCGAGUUUUGGAUCCUUCAAAUUGUGAUCCAGAUUUAUGUAUACAUGUGACUACUCCCUUUGAAUUGCCGUUGGACACUUUCAAAAUUUACGUUAGAGGUUUCGACUCAGAUGGGAAUGCGGUAAAAUAUUUGGUAUCCACAAAUAUCAAUGCGGUUGAAGGGGAUAAGCUGAAACCUAAAGUUAACAUAACGGAGAAGGAAGUGAAAGUGAAGGAAGACGAUGACGUCGAGUUGAUUUGUAAGGUGUCAUCUGUGAAAAGGGCCGAAAUCAAUUGGAUCUUCGAGAAUAAGCCCGUGGAAGAUAAUUCAAGGAGGCGUGUAAAUUUCAAGAGAAACGAUACCGUUCACUUGAACUUUUAUGGUGUAACGUUGGAUGAUAUUGGAAACUAUUUUUGCCGUGCUAAAAAUCCAUAUGGGCAGCAUCAUGAAAAAGUAUCACUUGCCGUCGAGCCAACACCCUGGCAAAUUCAAAUGGUCCAGAAGGAUAUGCAAGCUAAAGAAAACGAGGCUAAUUUCGAAAUUAAAUGCACGAUCACUCCAGAAAAACGGGUCAUUCCAGUGCAGUGGCUAUUCAAUGGAGAACUUCUAUCAGACUCUGCUCAUUUCACGGUUGCAGGGCGAACUCUUAAACUCCAUGGAGUGCAUCGAAAACAUGAUGGAACUUACACCUGCAUCGGAACUCAUAAUGGAAUCUCUCUGAAUUCAACAGGAUAUUUGAAAGUCCUUUAUCAGCCAGAAAUAUUUGGGCCAUUGCUUGAAGAGCAUAUUGUGAAAUACGAGGAGAGGAUCGUGUUGAAUUGUACAGCCGAUGGGAAUCCUAAGCCGACAAUGAAAUGGAUACGGGAAAGUGGAGAGAUAUCAAGUAAUAUUAUUGAGAAAUUUGCCCCAAGUCAUUAUGGAACCCAUAUAUGCGAAGCGUCUAAUGAGGUUGGUAAUCCAGCGAAGAAGUAUGUGGUUCUGAAAACCAAGUAUGGCCUAAAACCGAAAGUUCUAAUGGAUAAGAAUGAGGUUUCUGUAGCUGAAGACGAAGGUGUUGAACUCACUUGCGAAGUAGUUUCCUCAAAGCCGGUUGAAGUUAGUUGGAAAUUCAAUGACGAACCAAUAAAGACCGAAGAUCUAAACCGACAAAUAACCAGCGUUGGAGAUUUGCACAUUUUGAAGAUCCCCAAGGUACAACUGGAACAUGCUGGCAAGUACACUUGCGUAGCCAAAAAUUUUAACGCCACAGACAACGGGAAUGUUUUCCUCCGAGUGAAAGACUUACCACUGGAGAUAAAAAUAGCAGAACCUGACAUGGAAGUGUUGGAGGAUACAAGUUACGAAAUCGAAUGCAUUGUGUCUCCGGCGAAACGGAAACUUAACUUGAAAUGGAUGUUCGGUGACAAAAUACUGCACAAUUCAGAUGAAUUUCAGAUUGCAGGGCACAGCCUUCUCAUAAAACGGAUUCGCAGGACUUAUACUGGCCACUUUACAUGUACGGGUGAGUUUUAUGGAAAGACGAAAAGCUCAACUGGAUAUGUGAAUGUCUUGUUCAAACCUGAGAUUAUUGGACCAGUUAAAGAAACACAUAUCGUCGAAUUCGGAACAAAAGUCAACUUGAAUUGCACUGCGAUUGGCAAUCCGGAACCGAAAAUUUCCUGGUUUCGAGAAGAUGCAUCAGAUGGUAACGAAACUAUUGAAAAAUUCAAUUCUAGUCAUUACGGGAAUCAUAUCUGCAAAGCCUUGAACGGAGUUGGUGAUCCUGCAAUAAAAGUCGUUUUUCUUGAUAGCAAAGCUGCAAAGAAACCCCAAUUAAUCCAUUCCGAAUACUAUCAUGAAGUCAAAACUGGACAAAAUCUUACUCUGAAGUGCGGAUGUGAACAAUGUGGUCCAAUUCUUUACAAAUCCUGGUCGCGGGUAGGCGCGGAUAAUCGCACUGAAAUACCAGCUAUCGGGGGUGUUUUGCAAAAUGAUACCAAAAACUUCAACUUUGAUCUCAAAUUGGUGAAUACGAAGCCUUCUGACACCAGCAGAUACAUGUGCACCAUUGCAAACGAAUAUGGCAUCGUGCGCGAGUCGAUGAGCGUAGAAGUUCUUGAGGAACCAACAAUAAUCGAAAUACUUCCGCAUGGCGCAGAAAGUGUUACUGAUGGGUUAGUGAAAGUGAAGCGAGGAAAGGAAUUUAUGCUAACUUGUAAGGUCCUGGGCAGCCCAACACCGGUGGUACGUUGGCACAAGAAUGGAAGGAAACUGCCACCUGUGUCUAGUUAUAUGGAAAAUACAAUCAAAUUCGAACCAGCAAACGAGUACGAUGUUGGCAAAUACACCUGCAUGGCCACCAACAAACUGGGCUCUGCUUCCAAGGACAUAAUACUCAAUGUCAUACCGUAUAAUCUGCCGAUGAAGACAGUAAUGGUUACCGGUGAAAGACAGACUAUCAGUUUGACAUGCGAAAGUCGCAAUUUAGUUUUCAAUGAUCAGCCUUUAGACUUAACCGAUAGCCGUUUCAACUUCAUCGAGAAUAAUUUGGUUUUCGUUGCCGCAUAUCAGGACAGUGGGAUUUAUAAAUGCGUUACCUACAAUGGAAGUAUAGAGACGGAAAUUGAAACUGUUCUAAUAGUCCAAGCUGCUCCCCUGAUUUUCCCAACUGAAGACGAUCACAUUCGUAUUCGUAAAAGCGGAGAAGGAAUUCUAAAGUGUGGAAGUCGCGGAAAUCCUCAGCCUAAAUUAGAUUGGACUGUGAACCGUGAAAGGAUAAAGAAUUCAGACAAUUUCGAGCUCUUGAAGGGUGGCGACUUACUAAUCAAGAAUGCACAAGAUAAAAACAGCGGGUACUACAUCUGCCGUGCUUCCAACAAAGUGGGACAUGCUGAACGAGGAGUUACUGUGACUGUAACAGAACCACCAAAAAUUAUCUCCGAAUUCAUCACAAACAUUCACGUAAGGCCAGGAGACAGGGAUUCGCCAACAGCCUGUAUUGCAAAUGGGAAACCUGAACCGGUGGUCACUUGGUAUAGAGAUGGCAGAAUUCAUGUAUCAGAUCAAAUUGGCGAGAAUUAUCUGAAUGUAGGAUCAUAUAUGCUCUCUGGCAAUUACACCUGUGUGGCGAAAAACGUUGAAGGAGAAGAUAGCAGAUCGAUACAAAUAACAUCUCAGGGACCGCCCCUUCUCAGUCCUGGAAGUCAGCUGACCAAGCAUCAUUUUGAAGAAUACUCAGAUAUUAGCCUGCUUUGCCCAUACUCCUAUGCAACUGAUGUGACUUGGAUUAAGGACGGCGUUGAAUUUAGUGGAAGUCCAUUCGGACACGUUGAACUUUAUAAUAAGGUAUUUGCUAGACCGGAGGAUAGUGGCACUUACACCUGCAUAGCGCGGAAUAAAUUUGGUGAGAGGAAUUUCACACAAAUGGUCACAGUUUUCCCAUCAGCUGAUCCUUACGCGCAUGGUGGUCCAUAUUAUGCUACAAAACCGGGGUUUGUCGGACAUGAUUUGACGUUAGAUUGUGUUGCUGCAGGCGAUUCUUCUCCACGGACUAAAUGGAUUAGAAAUGGACGGACAAUUUCCAUGUUGGGUCAGCUUUCUUUAGAAAAUUUGAAACUCAAUGACACUGGGAAAUACGAGUGUAAGGACAUCUAUGAGAGAGGUUCAGUAAACCGGACAUUUUAUGUGGUUGUCUCAGGCCCACCGGAAUUUCGAAUGCCUCAGACCAACUGGCUGGCCGUAAAAGAGGGUGAGCUGACAGAACUAGAAUGCUUGGUCCAUGGUAACCCGUCCCCAAAAAUAUCCUGGCAAUAUAACAACAAGACCAUCCCCUGGACAAACGCCAUUUUAGUAAUAUCCAAUACCAGCGUAGAAAUGGCGGGAGAGUACAAAUGCUCUGCCUCAAACGAGUAUGGAACAGUUGACAUUUUUUACCAUAUCGAAGUUUUACGGAAACCCAAAUUAGCAGUCUCGAUUAGUAACUUAAAAAUCCGCCCGAAAGACGACAUAUCCCUGACUUGCAAAGCAGGUGGAAAUCCGUUGCCAAUAGUCAUCUGGACAUUCAAAGGCACAAAGCUGCUGGGUUCGGAUGUUAAAUUAGAAACUCCCAGUGCAGCCUAUCGGUCGAUAAUACUGAAUGGGAAAAGUGUUGUGCCAACCCCAGCUAACGCAAACUUCAUUAAUGGGAAACUAAUAUACAACAAAGAGGAGGCCAGCUUAACCAUUCAAUUAAAAGGCAAACGAGUGGAAGCAGGAUCUUUUAUUUGUCACGCCAUAAAUACCGUAGGAUCUGAGCAAAUUGAAACCACAGUUGAAUUCAUUGAUCCUCCAGCGCAAUUAAAGAGUGAAUCACCCUCUGAAAUCGCAAUUUUAGCCGGGCUACCACUCUUCUUACCAUGUCCAUGGAGGGCAGACCCACACACAACCGUAAAAUGGAUGAAGAACUCGGCUCCUUUUCAUAAAGGAGUAUCUCAUGAUCAGGGGAUAUUAUCGGUAGGGGUGACAACGACAGCAGAUGGUGGACGCUAUUCGUGCUCAGCUGUAAAUAUCGGCGGGGAAGCUACGAAAACAUUCGUGGUUAAAGUUAAAGGUCGGCCUUUCUAUGAUAUAGACCCAACUAAUUACGAUAUUAUUCUAAAAUGUCCUCCUAUUGCCGAUAAAGCCGAUCAAAUAAUUUGGGAGGAGAUACUUCUCGAAGAUAAAGAGAAUAUCACCAAUCCUAUUACCGAGAACUCAACGGAUUUGACUAUCAACCAUGACCUCCCCACUUCUGUUUACACCUGCUACCACAAAAGUUCAGCCUCCGGAGAAAAAUCUAAAAAACUUGAAGUACAACUCCUCCAAACACUCCCUGUAGAAUAUUAUGACACGAAAAGGGUGGUAAACGUCGGAGAUACGAUAAGCAUGUAUUGCCCUUUGGUAUUAGAGAAUCCAAAAACGUGGGUUUACUGGUUCAAGGGUGGCUUUCGCAUCAUGAAAGUUCCAGGACAAUUCGUCUCGCAAAACGGAGCUGUUCUUCAUAUUCUAAGUAUAAGCAGAGGAAAUGAAGGCACCUACACGUGUCGAACUGGGCCAGGCAAAAUGGAGAGAGGGAUUAUCCUGCGAACGAAAAGAGGUACGCCCGGGUGGUCUGACUGGAGCACCUGGACACCUUGCAGUAAAAGUUGCGGCAAAGGAAAGAAGUCUAGAACAAGAAAAUGCAUCGCUCCCAACGGAAAAUAUGAAAAAAGCGAUGGCAGGUUUUGUGCCGGGAAGGCGACUGAAAUAGAAAACUGUAAUGAUUUUGAGUGUCCGGUAAAUGGUGGUUGGAGUCACUGGUCGGACUGGUCGACUUGCCCAAUAAAAUGCUUGAGCUCCAUAUUGAAGUCAACGCCCAUGAGACAAAAAUCGAGAACUUGCAAUUCUCCCUCACCAUCAAUGGGUGGACAAUUUUGUUUAGGUGCAGAAAAAGAAGAAUCCGAGUGCAGUGUUGAACGGUGUCCUAUCAACGGAAGAUGGUCACCCUGGAGUAGAUGGAGUGAUUGCUCAGUAUCUUGCGGGGUUGGAACCAGAGCACGCAGACGAACAUGCAAUAACCCACCUCCCCAGUUCGGAGGAAGAAGAUGCAUGGGUAGAUCUGCACAACGUCAGCAAUGCAUACGUCCAGAUUGCCGAACAGGUUCCUCGGAAAUUUCAGGGAGCACUGCGGGAGCUCCUGUUGAUGGUGGAUGGUCAGCAUGGUCGAAAUGGAGCAGUUGCAGCGCAUCCUGUGGCAACAGUAGGAGGGUUCGACAAAGAUCAUGUACGAAUCCCAAGCCAAGGGAUGGCGGUAGGCCUUGCUCUGGUCCGGGAGAGCAAACUGAGCUUUGUAGAUAUCGUGCCUGUUAGCUUCGAUAUGAGAAUAUCUGCAUAAAUUAAUACGAAUU